GUCACUUCCUUGUUUGUCUGACCGAUUCUCUCUGCCUGCCUCUCCUCAAACUGAUGAUGGCUGAAGCCCACCUGAGUGGAUUACAGGAUGAGUUCACCUGCUCGGUGUGUCUGGACACCCUGACUGACCCCGUCACCAUCCCCUGUGGUCACAAUUUCUGUCUGAAGUGCAUCACCGACUGCUGGGAUCAGAGCCAAGAGUUCUUCUGUCCGCAGUGUAGAGAGAACUUCAGGACGAAGCCCGCUCUGCGAAGAAACACUCUGCUGAAUGAAGUCAUCAAAAAAUUAAAAAAUACAGGACUCAGUUCUCUGUCAUCUAAGAUUUAUGCCGGCCCUGGAGAUGUGGGGUGUGACUUCUGUACUGGGAAAAAGUUCAGAGCAGUGAAGUCCUGUCUGACCUGCUUGGCCUCUUUCUGUCAGCCCCACCUGCAGUCUCACUAUGAAAUAGCAGCCUGGAAGGGACACAAGCUGACUGAUCCUGAAAGAAAUCUAAAGGACAAACUCUGUGAGAAACAUCAAAAAAGUCUAGAGAUGUUUUGCAGAACCGACAAGACGUGCAUCUGCAUGAUGUGUGGAAUGACUGAACAUGAUGGUCAUGAAAAGGUCGAGCUGAAGACGGAAAGAGAAGGAAAACAGAAACAGCUGGGGGCGACACUGAGGGGAAUUAGAAGGAAACUUGAAGAGAAAGAGAAGAAACUGAAGGAGACGAGGAGGACAGCAGAGGAGAUGAAGCUUUCUGUGGAAAGAAUGAUGGGGAAACAUGAGAAGAGUUUCACUGCUCUGAUACGGUGCAUUGAGGAAGCCCACAAGAAACUGGCAGAGAGGAUCAGAGAUCAAGAAAAGAGAGAAAUGGAGAAGGCUGAAGGAGUCAUGGAGCAACUGGAGAAGGAGAUCAAGGAGCUGAAGUUCUCAUCUUGCUGUGUCCUUCCUGCUGAUGGAGACUCUCUCAGCUUCACUGUCACAGCUGACUUUUCUUCUGAGGACCUGCUAAAGGAGCUGUCAGGUCUGAAAAAGAGUCUGGAGAAGAUCAGUCAGUGGGACAUCAUGACAAGGACUUCUCCAGGUUGUGAAGCUCCAAUCUUCACUCUACGGCCUCCUGCACCUCAGAACAGAGAGGACUUUUUACAAUACUUCUGUCCCCUUACACUGGACAUCAACACGGCAAACAGAGACCUCCGUCUGUCUGAUGGGAACAAGAAGGUGACACGUAAGGGGACAUGGACUAGAUAUCCUGAUCAUCCUGACAGAUUUGACUACUGGGCCCAAGUUCUGUGCAGGGAGGCUCUGACUGGGACUCGCUGUUACUGGGAGGUGAAGUGCAGUGGAGACUUCAUGAGGAUUGGAAUCGCAUAUAAAGGACUGAGCAGGAAAGGACGGAGUUUGGAAUGCAUCCUUGGAAGGAAUGACAAGUCCUGGAGUUUGCAGUGUUCUCAUUCUCAGUACUUUGUGUGUCACAAUAACAAGGAAAAUGUAAUCAGCGCCCCCUACAGCCCCAGAAUAGGUGUGUAUCUGGACUGGCCUGCUGGCUCUCUGUCAUUUUAUGGUGUCUCACACACAAUGACCCUCCUGCACAGGUUCAACACUUCCUUCACUGAGCCCCUCUAUCCAGGGUUUGGGUUUUACCUUGGUCUUAACUGCAGUGUAACAAUCAGCCAUCUGACACCAUGUGACCACUGACCAGUACCCCUUACCAGUCACUUGAUGUCCCCACACAUGCAGAUCCUCUUUGUGUUUGUAGUUUAGGGUAAGAAUAAAUUUACAGGAUUGGUGGGUUGGGUGGUCAGCACCUUUGUGAUUGAAUUUUUGUAUGAGAUUGCGGGGCAAGUGCGGCUGUCAGGGUCUCCAUUAUUGUUGGGUUUGAGUAGCCAAUCAGGUGUGUAUGUCAUAGUGAGGGGCGGAAACACUUCGGACCUACAAAUAUCAGUCUGACCAGCAGGGGUCACUAUUGAUUCAUAGCCACAUGACAUUUAGGCUGACACCCCAAUAACUACUGAGGUCCCCAAGUGUCAUUGUAUGUCACGUGUUAAGCAGGACAGGCAUGUGGUCCUGCUGGAUCAGCACAACUGAAAGGCACCAAGGUUAUUAUAGUUUUGCUUUUUAU